AUGUCUGUGUGCGGUGCUCUUCUGCUGCCGUCCGACCAUAGCACGCGGACAAAUCUUGAAUGCCAACAGCUUAGUCCCCUGGAGCGUGAAUUCCGGCAACUCGACGAAUGUCGCUCUUGGAGCUUAUUUUAUGAACGCAUACAAAACUUGGCUUCCGUGGAAAGCUGCCAGUUGACCUUGUCUGCUGCGAAUGAGGUUAAAAAUAGAUGGAAAAACAGAUACCGGGACAUUAUCCCCUACGAUGAAACGCGGGUUUUACUGAAGAGUGAAUCAACGGGGGAUUAUAUAAAUGCUAAUUUUGUAAAAGUGAAGGAAGUUCCAUCUCGACGCUAUAUACUCACUCAGGGUCCUCUUCUUCAAACCGCGGGUCACUUUUGGCAAAUGGUUGUGGAACAAAAAUGCCCCGUUAUCAUCAUGUUAAAUCGUUUCACAGAAAAGGGUGCUUUAAAGUGUUUCAAUUACUUUCCCGACCAUGCUGCAACGCUCAACUUUCCUGAUGCAAAUUGUUCGGUCACAUGCGUUUUGGAGGAAAACAAGGGGUUGUACACUUUUCGGACUCUGGAGGUCGUAAAUGUUUUGACCAACCUUACUCACGAAGUUCUACAUUUCCAUUACACCCGAUGGCCCGAUUUUGGAGUUCCCGAGUAUUCCAGUAGUAUGCUGAAUCUUCUUUGGGAUGUUCGCCGAACGGGCGCUCUUGAUGAUCCAGAUCGACCGGGAAUCGUUCACUGCAGCGCUGGGGUUGGUCGUUCUGGCACGUUUGUGCUGAUGGACAUCGCUUUAUCCAUGAUCGAGAAGCAGAAUAGUAUGGAGGGCGUGAAUUUGCCGCAGCUGUUAAUCCAACUGCGUCAAUGCCGAAUGGGCAUCAUUCAGACGGCGCAGCAGCUGCGCUACUGCUAUUUAGCCGUCAUUGAGGGCGGAAAAACUCUUCUCUCCACGCCACCCGGAGAGCGUGCUGCUCUGGUGUUUUCCGAGCACAACCACAUCGCUGCUGACGAGAAUGGCGAAAGUGACAGUGAUGACGAAAUUGGCAGUGAAGAAGAGAAUGUUGAGAGUAACCACGUAGAGGCCACAGAGUUGGACAUUCAGGACGAUGAGCGCAAGAUCCUUAGGCACCUUCGGAUGUGCGCAGCCAAAAGAGGAGUUGCCCUCCACGCCAACUACCUCUGCUCCCUCAAUUCCUCAUCCUCCGCCUCUACGGACGAGGAAGAUGAGGUUGAAAUUAGGGAAUUAUUCAAUCAGAGCUGCCGGAAACCCAAUCGCUAUCACCACUUUUUGAAUCAGAACCACUUCCCACCUCUACCCAUAGAAGUUGAAGAGGUCCAGACCGGUGAAAUUGAAGAGAGCAUUGUGAUGUCUCACAACUCCCUACCAGUCCAAUCCAACGGAAAUAAUCAAUUGGAAGAAGACGCACUUAAUCAACCUUUACCGGUCAUCGUAGUUCCGGGUGUGAAUGCUCCCUCCUCUCUAGCGACGCAGGCUGAGCCUUCAGUCGAAGGCAAGGAGGAAGGAAAGAAAGAGGCAGGAGAAGAGAAGGCGGAAGAACUAGAGAAGUUGGAAUUGAUCCGACAGCUCCGGGAGGCGCGUCUCGCGCGUCAGGCGCAGACACGCGCCCGUCUGGCCGAGAUCACGGCGCGAAUGGCAGAGAAGAACAUGUUACGUCACCGAUGGCUCCCCGAGCGCAUCGCCCAGCCCCUGCGGACCUUCUUUACUCGCACUGGCUUCUUCAGCAACCUCACCGAGGCCGUUCUCUUCGUCCUUGGAAUCCUCUCCUUCCUUGCUGCGGUGUCCCUCGGCCUCUGGCCUAAGACCCAACAUCCACGUGAAUGUUUGGGGCGACAUCACAGCUCCACGUGCGUUUCUCGUGGAUCGAUCGCAUUCACGAUUCCGUUGAGCAUUCCACAGGCACCGAUGAAUCCUUCCUGCAAAUACUUUCCCGCUAGGACGAUUCAUCAAGGUGAUGUAAUGGAGCACAGCCCGGGCUCAUCACUGCUUACCGAGGCCAAGGCAAGCGGGUUCAAUAGAGCAGAAUCCAGGAACGACGUUCAGCGCUGCCGAAUCGGUGAGCUGGCGAGUCAAAUAGAAAAGCAGAAUCGUAGCAAGACAUUGGGAAGACUGCAUGGGCCCGUUGGUGGGCUAUCCCUUCUUGAAGCUCUUCAGCUCAUCAAAGCGCGCAAUCCCACCAUCACCAACCAACUGCCCACUCGUAGCCUCGAGUCCUCUCCCACAAAGGCAAUACACGACGUCUCGCAGACAACGCCGAUGUGGUUUGCUGUGAAACGUCGUCAGCAGGUUUCACGUCUUCCACGGUACGUAGUACGUUCCAGAGGGGAUCCCCUCAUUAAGGUCGAUGCCAAACAAUUUAAAAAGAAUUACAAAGAUGGGGGAGGGAGUGAAACAACAGGAGUUCAGCCUUGCAAACCUACCUAUCGAACAAUCCGACGAGGAAAAUGCAUUCAUGGAAUAACUAUCUACCCCUCUCUGGCCAUGGUAAUUCACCCGCCCCGGAGUAUCGCUCCAUUCGAAUCGGGAGACGAAGACUGCGAUCUCUGUGUUACUGUAUCAAAAAUAGCUGAAAUGACUCAGACAAGCGCCACAGAUUUGACAUCAUCGCCAUUAAUGGGGUCGCUCUCUCACCUCACGCCUAUCCCAGAGACCUUUGAAACCCCAAUACAAACAAGUAGUAAAGACCCGGUGGUCAUGUAUCGGCAGCAGCAGCAUCAACAACAACUUCACCAGGAUUGCUUGAACCUCGUCAAGAGUACAGACACCGCUAGUGGAACCAUGUGUUCGCCACGUGCCGAUACUUCCGCCUCCACAUACAACAGAAGCUCUGUCGAUGCACGCGUUGAAAGCGACGAAACAGUCCCUCUCUCCUCAGCUGCCGCUCCGGGGGCCACAGAGACCCUUCAAGUGACAGUUCCCAGCUGUAAAACCACCUCCGAGGUCACGCCCAGACAGAGUGCCUACAGGGAACCCAGCGACCGUCAGGUGCACAAAAAGGUCCGCCUCGCCAUUCUGGUUCAUCCUACAGCGACUCCAACUACUUGUGUUGGUCAGAAACGUGAUACAGCAACGCAUCAUCAUAGCUCCACAAUUAACUCUCUCAGCGAAUCCCUGACUGAUUGUAGUCAGAGUGUGACGACUCUAUCCUCUGGCAGCGAUAGUCUGAUACCAGAUUUGGAUUCCUGCAUCCUCGACGAUCAGCCCACUGACGUCUCGGAGGCCUAUGACGAUGAUAAGAAUGAAGAAAAAACAUUUAAGAAAAGCUUUAACGUCUUUUGGGAACAGGAAGUGAAGGAAAAGCAGGCUGGGGAAACGGGGGAAGAGGCCGUUCAAAAUACCUUGAUCCACAUUACUCCACUGCCAUGUCUCUCACCGAUCUCUGAGUGCAGCCCUUCGACAGCCGCUUCAGGUUUGUUGGGUCAGAACAAGAGACACAGAAAUGGGGGCCUCUUAUCCAAUGAGGGUGAGUCGCCCGAGGUGGCCAUGAUUGUUAAUUCUCCCUUCCAACCGACCACAACAUCGGCUGAGAGAACAUUAGGAAAUGAAAGCACCCACGAAAUCCGCAGACACUCACCUAGAGCACUCCAAGAGACGCCUAAAAGCGUAUUGAUGUCGGAGCUCUCACACAGCUCACUUGCUCGAUUGUGCUUGGAGCCCCCGAAGCCCGAGGUCGAAGUGACUUCCCCUUACACUCGCACAUCAUGUCUCGAGCAGAUCGAUUCCCUUUCGGAAGGAGUGAGCAACGCGGAGUCGUGCAAAGGGGAGUUGAACAGCAUGAAUGCAACGAGCGAGCCUUUCCAGACCAACUUUAUCCUUGGAAUUGAAGGUGCUGGUUCUCCAUCUACCUUAUCGGAACCCACCAUUCGUGCCCUUCAGGAGCAUGAUAAGGUCGUAGUGGAAGUUUCACAUCUUCCGCCAUCACUACACCAAACUUCCCCUUCACUCUCCCCAGAUCAUCUCCUUUGGAACAAGAGGAAACGUACGGUAAUGGACGAGGAAUCGAAGUCCCUGAAAUGGGUUCUUAAGCGUGCUAACGUCUCCACGACGGAAAUAAACUCCGUGGUCAUGCACGCUGUACCGAAUGUUCUGCAAUGCACUACGCAUCGGCUUCCAGAGAUCAAGGAAGUCGAGGAUAUCACAGUACAUUGCACUAGCAAAAUUCAAUCAGAAUUAUUGCACCCGUACAGUAUCGGGAUAGCAAGAACGCUUACACCAUGA